CUUACGAAAAAGUAAACCAUGUUCGUUAUGUAAUGAAUUGUUCGGAGCAGGAGCGACUAGAAAAACGUGUUCGAUAUUACCACUGCCAUCGCUCUUUCAAUUUCAAUUCUAAAGGAACAGGUGCCAGGUGUGUCAAAAGUAUGGGCAUGAAUAAAAUAGGCAGUACUUGUCCAUCCAACAUGCAAGUGACAAUAACAGAGGACAAAUGCUGCUUAAAAUUUUUUCCAAAACAUAUGGGACACACCCAAGAUGUUGGAAGAACAUUUCUGCAUGGGAACGAGAGGGCAGAGUUGGCAGGACGGCUGUCACAGGGUGUUCCUGUUGGACGAGUCUUACAAGAUGUCCGAAGUGCACCAAUCGCUGCAAUGUGGAGAGAAUCCAUCUCCUUGAGAAAAAAGAUUUGCAUAAUAUAAAAAGGAAUUUU